AUGACCACAAGUUGCACCAACAACAACCACAGCCCCUACAACAACAAAUUGUGUGACAACAACCGUAGCCUCUAUGACCACAAGUGCUCCAACAACAACUACAGCCCCUUCGACCACAAGUGCACCAACAACAACCUCAGCCCUUACUACCACAAAUUGUGUGACAACAACCGCAGCCUCUAUGACCACAAGUGCACCAACAACAACCACAGCCCCUACAACAACAAAUGCUCCAACAACAACUGCAGCCCCUACCUCUACCAGCACAAGUGCUCCAGCAACAACUACAGCCUCUACGACCACAAAUGCUCCAACAACAACCACAGCCCCCACUACCACAAGUGCUCCAACAACAACCGCAACCCCUACUACUACAAGUGCUCCAACAACUUCAGCCCCUAUGACCACAACCUCUACCAGCACAAGUGCUCCAGCAACAACUACAGCCUCUACGACCACAAAUGCUCCAACAACAACCACAGCCCCCACUACCACAAGUGCUCCAACAACAACCGCAACCCCUACUACUACAAGUGCUCCAACAACUUCAGCCCCUAUGACCACAACCCCAACUACUACAAAUGCUCCAACAACAACCACAGCCCCCACUACCACAAGUGCUCCAACAACUACAGCCUCUACCAGCACAAGUGCUCCAGCAGCAACUACAGUCUCUACCAGCACAAGUGCUCCAGCAACAACCACAGCCUCUACGACCACAAGUGGUCCAACAACACCGACAGCCGCUACUAUGACAACCCCUAUGACCACAAGUGCUCCAACAACAACUUCAGCCCCUACGACCACAAGUGCUCCAACAACAACUGCAGCCCCUAUGACCACAAGUCCUCCAACAACAACUACAGCCACUAUCAGCACAAGUGCUCCACCAACAACCGCAACCCCUACCCCAACUACUACAAAUGCUCCAACAACAACCACAGCCCCCACUACCACAAGUGCUCCAACAACUACAGCCUCUACCAGCACAAGUGCUCCAGCAGCAACUACAGCCUCUACCAGCACAAGUGCUCCAGCAACAACCACAGCCUCUACGACCACAAGUGGUCCAACAACACCGACAGCCGCUACUAUGACAAGUGCUCCAACAACCACUGCAGCCCCAACGACUACAAGUGCUCCAACAACAACCGCAGCCCCCACUACCACAAGUGCUCCACCACUACCACAAGUGCUCCAACAACAACUGCAGCCCCAACUACUACAAAUGCUCCAACAACAACCACAGCCCCCACUACCACAAGUGCUCCAACAACUACAGCCUCUACCAGCACAAGUGCUCCAGCAGCAACUACAGCCUCUACCAGCACAAGUGCUCCAACAACAACCGCAGCCCCCACUACCACAAGUGUUCCAACAACAUCCGCACCCCCUAGUACCACAAGUCUUCCAACAACCACUGCAGCCCCAACGACUACAAGUGCUCCAACAACAACCGCAGCCCCCACUACCACAAGUGCUCCAGUAACAACUACAGCCUCUACCAGCACAAGUGCUCCAACAACAACCGCAACCCCUACUACUACAAGUGCUCCAACAACUUCAGCCUCUAUGACCACAAGUGCUCCAACAACAUCAGCCCCUACGACCACAAGUGCUCCAACAACAACCGCAGCCCCCACUACCACAAGUGCUCCAACAACACCGACAGCCGCUACUAUGACAAGUGCUCCAACAACAACUGCAGCCCCUAUGACCACAAGUCCUCCAACAACAACUACAGCCUCUAUCAGCACAAGUGCUCCAACAACAACCACAACCCCUAGUACCACAAGUGCUCCAACAACAUCCACACCCCCUACAAGUGCUCCAACAACUACAGCCUCUACCACCACAAGUGCUCCAGCAACAACCGCAGCCUCUAUGACCACAAGUGGUCCAACAACAACCGCAGCUCCCACUAGCAUAACUGUUCCAACAACAUCCACACCCCCUAGUACUACAAGUGCUCCAACAACAACUGCAGCCCCAACGACUACAAGUGCUCCAACAACAACCGCAGCCCCCACUACCACAAGUGCUCCAACAACAACUACAGCCUCUAUCAGCACAAGUGCUCCAGCAACAACUACAGCCUCUACCAGCACAAGUGCUCCAGCAACAACCGCAGCCUCUAUGACCACAAGUGGUCCAACAACAACCGCAGCUCCCACUAGCAUAACUGUUCCAACAACAUCCACACCCCCUAGUACUACAAGUGCUCCAACAACUUCAGCCCCUAUGACUACAAGUGGUCCAACAACUUCAGCCCUUACAACCACAAGUGUUCCAACAACAUCCGCACCCCCUAGUACCACAAGUGCUACAACAACAACUGCAGCCCCAACGACUACAAGUGCUCCAACAACAACCGCAGCCCCCACUACCACAAGUGCUCCAACAACAACUACAGCCUCUAUCAGCACAAGUGCUCCAGCAACAACUACAGCCUCUACCAGCACAAGUGCUCCAGCAACAACUACAGCCUCUACCAGCACAAGUGCUCCAACAACACCGACAGCUGCUACUAUCACAAGUGCUCCAACAACAUCUGCACCCCCUAGUACCACAAGUGCUCCAACAACAACAGCAGCCCCUACUAUCACAAGUGUUCUAACAACAACAACUGCAGCUGCAACUACCACAAGCCCUCUUCCAAUAGUUGUACCUCCUGUUACCAUAAGUGGUCCUGCAUCAACUGCAGUCCCUACUAUCACAAGUGCUCCAACAGGAACCGCAGCCUCUAUGACCACAAGUGGUCCAACAACAACCGCAGCUCCCACUAGCAUAACUGUUCCAACAACAUCCACACCCCCUAGUACUACAAGUGCUCCAACAACUUCAGCCCCUAUGACUACAAGUGGUCCAACAACUUCAGCCCUUACAACCACAAGUGUUCCAACAACAUCCGCACCCCCUAGUACCACAAGUGCUCCAACAACAACUGCAGCCCCAACGACUACAAGUGCUCCAACAACAACCGCAGCCCCCACUACCACAAGUGCUCCAACAACAACUACAGCCUCUAUCAGCACAAGUGCUCCAGCAACAACUACAGCCUCUACCAGCACAAGUGCUCCAGCAACAACUACAGCCUCUACCAGCACAAAUGCUCCAACAACACCGACAGCUGCUACUAUCACAAGUGCUCCAACAACAUCUGCACCCCCUAGUACCACAAGUGCUCCAACAACAACAGCAGCCCCUACUAUCACAAGUGUUCUAACAACAACAACUGCAGCUGCAACUACCACAAGCCCUCUUCCAAUAGUUGUACCUCCUGUUACCAUAAGUGGUCCUGCAUCAACUGCAGUCCCUACUAUCACAAGUGCUCCAACAGGAACUGCAGCCCCAACGACCACAAGUGUUCUGGCAUCAACUGUAGCCCCUACUACCACAAGGGCUCAAACAACAACCACAGCCUCUACCAGCACAAGUGCUCCAGCAACAACCGCAGCCUCUAUGACACCAGGUGGUCCAACAACAACCGCAGCUCCCACUAGCAUAACUGUUCCAACAACAUCCACACCCCCUAGUACGACAAGUGCUCCAACAACUUCAGCCCCUAUGACUACAAGUGGUCCAACAACUUCAGCCCUUACAACCACAAGUGUUCCAACAACAUCCGCACCCCCUAGUACCACAAGUGCUCCAACAACAACUGCAGCCCCAACGACUACAAGUGCUCCAACAACAACCGCAGCCCCCACUACCACAAGUGCUCCAACAACAACUACAGCCUCUAUCAGCACAAGUGCUCCAGCAACAACUACAGCCUCUACCAGCACAAGUGCUCCAGCAACAACUACAGCCUCUACCAGCACAAAUGCUCCAACAACACCGACAGCUGCUACUAUCACAAGUGCUCCAACAACAUCUGCACCCCCUAGUACCACAAGUGCUCCAACAACAACAGCAGCCCCUACUAUCACAAGUGUUCUAACAACAACAACUGCAGCUGCAACUACCACAAGCCCUCUUCCAAUAGUUGUACCUCCUGUUACCAUAAGUGGUCCUGCAUCAACUGCAGUCCCUACUAUCACAAGUGCUCCAACAGGAACUGCAGCCCCAACGACCACAAGUGUUCUGGCAUCAACUGUAGCCCCUACUACCACAAGGGCUCAAACAACAACCACAGCCUCUACCAGCACAAGUGCUCCAGCAACAACCGCAGCCUCUAUGACACCAGGUGGUCCAACAACAACCUCAGCUCCCACUAGCAUAACUGUUCCAACAACAUCCACACCCCCUAGUACGACAAGUGCUCCAACAACUUCAGCCCCUAUGACUACAAGUGGUCCAACAACUUCAGCCCUUACAACCACAAGUGUUCCAACAACAUCCGCACCCCCUAGUACCACAAGUGCUCCAACAACAACUGCAGCCCCAACGACUACAAGUGCUCCAACAACAACCGCAGCCCCCACUACCACAAGUGCUCCAACAACAACUACAGCCUCUAUCAGCACAAGUGCUCCAGCAACAACUACAGCCUCUACCAGCACAAGUGCUCCAGCAACAACUACAGCCUCUACCAGCACAAGUGCUCCAACAACAACAGGAGCCCCGACAACCACUAGUGUUUCAUCAACACCUGCAGCCUCUACUAUCACAACUGCUCCGACAACAACUGCAGCCUCUCCUACCAUCCGUGUAUCAACAUCUAUAGCCCCUACUGCCACAAGUGUUCCAACAACAACUGCAGUCCCUACUAUCAUAAGUGCUCCAACAACUGCAGCUGCAACUACCACAAGCCCUCUACCAACUGCUACAGCCCAUAUUACUACAAGUGCUCUGGCAUCAACUAUAGCCCCUACUACCACAAGUGUGCCAACAACGACUGUAGCCCCUCCUACCACAAGUGCUGAAACACCUGCAGACUCUACAACUGCAAGUGCUCCAACAACAACCACAGCCCUUGCUCCCACAAUUGGUUCAACAAUAACUGUAGUCCCAAGUUCCACAAGUGCUCUGGCAUCAACUGUAGCCCCUACUACAACAAGUGCCCCAACAACAACCACAGCCCCUGCGACCAUAAGUUCUCCAAUAACAACCACAACCCCUACUACCACAAGUUCUCCAACAAUAUCUGCAGCCACUACUACCACAAGUGUGCCAGCAACGACUGUAGCCCCUUCUACCACAAGUGCUGCAACACCUGCAGCCUCUACCACCACAAGUGCUCCAAUAACAACCGCAACCCCAACUACCACAACUGCUCCAACAACAACUGCAGCCCUUACUACCACAAGUGCUCUGGCAUCAACUGUAUCCCCUACUAUCACAAAUUCCCCAACAACAACUUUAGCCCCGACUAUCACAAGUGUUCUAACAACAACAACUACCACAAGCCCUCUUCCAAUAGUUGUACCUCCUGUUACCAUAAGUGGCCCUGCAUCAACUGCAGUCCCUACUAUCACAAGUGCUCCAACAGGAACUGCAGCCCCAACGACCACAAGUGCUCUGGCAUCAACUGUAGCCCCUACUACCACAAGGGCUCAAACAACAACCACAGCCUCUACAACCUCAAGUGCUCCGACAACAACUGCAGGCUCUCCGACCACCCGUGUAUCAACAUCUUCAGCCCCUACUGCCACAAGUGUUCUAACAACAACAACUACCACAAGCCCUCUUCCAAUAGUUGUACCUCCUGUUACCAUAAGUGGCCCUGCAUCAACUGCAGUCCCUACUAUCACAAGUGCUCCAACAGGAACUGCAGCCCCAACGACCACAAGUGCUCUGGCAUCAACUGUAGCCCCUACUACCACAAGGGCUCAAACAACAACCACAGCCUCUACAACCUCAAGUGCUCCGACAACAACUGCAGGCUCUCCGACCACCCGUGUAUCAACAUCUUCAGCCCCUACUGCCACAAGUGUUCCAAUAACUGCAGUCCCUACUGUCACAGGUGCCCCAAUAAUUGCAGCUGUGACUACCAUAAGCCCUAUAGCAUCAGCUACAGCUCCUACUACCACAAGUGCUCUGGCAUCAACGGCAGCCCCUAUUACCACAGGCGCACAAACAACAACAGGAGCCCCGACGACCACUGGUGUUUCAUCAACACCUGCAGCCUCGACUACCGCAAGUGCUCCAACACCUGCAGCCUCGACUAUCACAACUGCUCCGACAACAACCACAGCCCCUGCUCCCACAAGUGUUACAACAACGAUUGUAGUCCCUAGUCCCACAAAUGCUCUGGCAUCAACCAUAGCCCCUACUACCACAAAUGCUCCAACAACAACUUUAGCCCCUACUAUCACAAGUGUUGUAACAACAACUACUGCAGCUGCAACUACCACAAGCCCUCUUCCAAUAGUUGUACCUCCUGUUACCAUAAGUGGUCUGGCAUCAACUGCAGUCCCUACUAUCACAAGUGCUCAAACAAGAGUGGGUCCUGUUUUUAUCUUUCCCCGACUUGUGUUCCACACCAACAACACUGCCCCCACUGAGAGUGAGGUUCUCUCUCGGGGCAAUCCCUUCUUGAAUGGAGAUGAAAUCCGGCUGAAUAAUACCGUGCGGGUGCAGAAUCUCACAUAUGAGCGAUUAAGCGAUAAUUCAUUUGCUUUGCAACUGGCCUAUAAGAUGAACGACGUGAGCUUUCCACAGAAUGUUUCCCUCAGGAGUGAGACGCAACAGCGAAUUCAGGGCUCAGUCAACACUCUGCUGAACGGAUUGCUGAACCAACCUAAUGAAUCUCCUUUCACCUUCCCGCAAGCAAACUAUACCCAUCAGCCCAAUGAAAUUGAGGCCAGUGUGGAGUACGUCUAUCAGGAAGCUGACAUCAGCAAGCCAAGCGACUUUCUGUCUGCGAUACUGGGAAUUAAUGGUCCGACCACCACGACAGCUCCCCCUGUCGCAAUGGCCCUCCCUGUCACAACAGUCCCAAGUACAACAGUGGGACCUGUUUUUAUCUUUCCCCGACUCGUGUUCCACACCACCAACACUGUCCCCACUGAGAGUGAGGUUCUCUCUCGGGGCAAUCCCUUCUUGAAUGGAGAUGAAAUCCGGCUGAAUAAUACCGUGCGGGUGCAGAAUCUCACAUAUGAGCGAUUAAGCGAUAAUUCAUUUGCUUUGCAACUGGCCUAUAAGAUGAACGACGUGAGCUUUCCACAGAAUGUUUCCCUCAGGAGUGAGACGCAACAGCGAAUUCAGGGCUCAGUCAACACUCUGCUGAACGGAUUGCUGAACCAACCUAAUGAAUCUCCUUUCACCUUCCCGCAAGCAAACUAUACCCAUCAGCCCAAUGAAAUUGAGGCCAGUGUGGAGUACGUCUAUCAGGAAGCUGACAUCAGCAAGCCAAGCGACUUUCUGUCUGCGAUACUGGGAAUUAAUGGUCCGACCACCACGACAGCUCCCCCUGUCACAAUCGUCCCCCCUGUUACAACAGUCCCAAUUACAACAGUGGGUCCUGUUUUUAUCUUUCCCCGACUCGUGUUCCACACCACCAACACUGUCCCCACUGAGAGUGAGGUUCUCUCUCGGGGCAAUCCCUUCUUGAAUGGAGAUGAAAUCCGGCUGAAUAAUACCGUGCGGGUGCAGAAUCUCACAUAUGAGCGAUUAAGCGAUAAUUCAUUUGCUUUGCAACUGGCCUAUAAGAUGAACGACGUGAGCUUUCCACAGAAUGUUUCCCUCAGGAGUGAGACGCAACAGCGAAUUCAGGGCUCAGUCAACACUCUGCUGAACGGAUUGCUGAACCAACCUAAUGAAUCUCCUUUCACCUUCCCGCAAGCAAACUAUACCCAUCAGCCCAAUGAAAUUGAGGCCAGUGUGGAGUACGUCUAUCAGGAAGCUGACAUCAGCAAGCCAAGCGACUUUCUGUCUGCGAUUCUGGGAAUUAAUGGUCCGACCACCACGACAGCUCCCCCUGUCACAAUCGUCCCCCCUGUCACAACAGUCCCAAUUACAACAGUGGGUCCUGUUUUUAUCUUUCCCCGACUCGUGUUCCACACCACCAACACUGUCCCCACUGAGAGUGAGGUUCUCUCUCGGGGCAAUCCCUUCUUGAAUGGAGAUGAAAUCCGGCUGAAUAAUACCGUGCGGGUGCAGAAUCUCACAUAUGAGCGAUUAAGCGAUAAUUCAUUUGCUUUGCAACUAGCCUAUAAGAUGAACGACGUGAGCUUUCCACAGAAUGUUUCCCUGAGGAGUGAGACGCAACAGCGAAUUCAGGGCUCAGUCAACACUCUGCUGAACGGAUUGCUGAACCAACCUAAUGAAUCUCCUUUCACCUUCCCGCAAGCAAACUAUACCCAUCAGCCCAAUGAAAUUGAGGCCAGUGUGGAGUACGUCUAUCAGGAAGCUGACAUCAGCAAGCCAAGCGACUUUCUGUCUGCGAUACUGGGAAUUAAUGGUCCGACCACCACGACAGCUCCCCCUGUCACAAUCGUCCCCCCUGUCACAACAGUCCCAAUUACAACAGUGGGUCCUGUUUUUAUCUUUCCCCGACUCGUGUUCCACACCACCAACACUGUCCCCACUGAGAGUGAGGUUCUCUCUCGGGGCAAUCCCUUCUUGAAUGGAGAUGAAAUCCAGCUGAAUAAUACCGUGCGGGUGCAGAAUCUCACAUAUGAGCGAUUAAGCGAUAAUUCAUUUGCUUUGCAACUGGCCUAUAAGAUGAACGACGUGAGCUUUCCACAGAAUGUUUCCCUGAGGAGUGAGACGCAACAGCGAAUUCAGGGCUCAGUCAACACUCUGCUGAACGGAUUGCUGAACCAACCUAAUGAAUCUCCUUUCACCUUCCCGCAAGCAAACUAUACCCAUCAGCCCAAUGAAAUUGAGGCCAGUGUGGAGUACGUCUAUCAGGAAGCUGACAUCAGCAAGCCAAGCGACUUUCUGUCUGCGAUACUGGGAAUUAAUGGUCCGACCACCACGACAGCUCCCCCUGUCACAAUCGUCCCCCCUGUCACAACAGUCCCAAUUACAACAGUGGGUCCUGUUUUUAUCUUUCCCCGACUCGUGUUCCACACCACCAACACUGUCCCCACUGAGAGUGAGGUUCUCUCUCGGGGCAAUCCCUUCUUGAAUGGAGAUGAAAUCCGGCUGAAUAAUACCGUGCGGGUGCAGAAUCUCACAUAUGAGCGAUUAAGCGAUAAUUCAUUUGCUUUGCAACUGGCCUAUAAGAUGAACGACGUGAGCUUUCCACAGAAUGUUUCCCUGAGGAGUGAGACGCAACAGCGAAUUCAGGGCUCAGUCAACACUCUGCUGAACGGAUUGCUGAACCAACCUAAUGAAUCUCCUUUCACCUUCCCGCAAGCAAACUAUACCCAUCAGCCCAAUGAAAUUGAGGCCAGUGUGGAGUACGUCUAUCAGGAAGCUGACAUCAGCAAGCCAAGCGACUUUCUGUCUGCGAUACUGGGAAUUAAUGGUCCGACCACCACGACAGCUCCCCCUGUCACAAUCGUCCCCCCUGUCACAACAGUCCCAAUUACAACAGUGGGUCCUGUUUUUAUCUUUCCCCGACUCGUGUUCCACACCAACAACACUGUCCCCACUGAGAGUGAGGUUCUCUCUCGGGGCAAUCCCUUCUUGAAUGGAGAUGAAAUCCGGCUGAAUAAUACCGUGCGGGUGCAGAGUCUCACAUAUGAGCGAUUAAGCGAUAAUUCAUUUGCUUUGCAACUGGCCUAUAAGAUGAACGACGUGAGCUUUCCACAGAAUGUUUCCCUCAGGAGUGAGACGCAACAGCGAAUUCAGGGCUCAGUCAACACUCUGAUGAACGGAUUGCUGAACCAACCUAAUGAAUCUCCUUUCACCUUCCCGCAAGCAAACUAUACCCAUCAGCCCAAUGAAAUUGAGGCCAGUGUGGAGUACGUCUAUCAGCAAGCUGACAUCAGCAAGCCAAGCGACUUUCUGUCUGCGAUACUGGGAAUUAAUGGUCCGACCACCACGACAGCUCCCCCUGUCACAAUCGUCCCCCCUGUCACAACAGUCCCAAUUACAACAGUGGGUCCUGUUUUUAUCUUUCCUCGACUCGUGUUCCACACCACCAACACUGUCCCCACUGAGAGUGAGGUUCUCUCUCGGGGCAAUCCCUUCUUGAAUGGAGAUGAAAUCCGGCUGAAUAAUACCGUGCGGGUGCAGAAUCUCACAUAUGAGCGAUUAAGCGAUAAUUCAUUUGCUUUGCAACUGGCCUAUAAGAUGAACGACGUGAGCUUUCCACAGAAUGUUUCCCUGAGGAGUGAGACGCAACAGCGAAUUCAGGGCUCAGUCAACACUCUGAUGAAUGGAUUGCUGAACCAACCUAAUGAAUCUCCUUUCACCUUCCCGCAAGCAAACUAUACCCAUCAGCCCAAUGAAAUUGAGGCCAGUGUGGAGUACGUCUAUCAGGAAGCUGACAUCAGCAAGCCAAGCGACUUUCUGUCUGCGAUACUGGGAAUUAAUGGUCCGACCACCACGACAGCUCCCCCUGUCACAAUCGUCCCCCCUGUCACAACAGUCCCAAUUACAACAGUGGGUCCUGUUUUUAUCUUUCCCCGACUCGUGUUCCACACCACCAACACUGUCCCCACUGAGAGUGAGGUUCUCUCUCGGGGCAAUCCCUUCUUGAAUGGAGAUGAAAUCCGGCUGAAUAAUACCGUGCGGGUGCAGAAUCUCACAUAUGAGCGAUUAAGCGAUAAUUCAUUUGCUUUGCAACUGGCCUAUAAGAUGAACGACGUGAGCUUUCCACAGAAUGUUUCCCUCAGGAGUGAGACGCAACAGCGAAUUCAGGGCUCAGUCAACACUCUGAUGAACGGAUUGCUGAACCAACCUAAUGAAUCUCCUUUCACCUUCCCGCAAGCAAACUAUACCCAUCAGCCCAAUGAAAUUGAGGCCAGUGUGGAGUACGUCUAUCAGGAAGCUGACAUCAGCAAGCCAAGCGACUUUCUGUCUGCGAUCCUGGGAAUUAAUGGUAAGUUUCUCAUGCCUCCCAUCAAUUCAUGUGAAAAAACAAGCUAUUCUAUUCUCACAUCAUUAAAACAUGAUUACCUGUAUUUUAACAAAUGAAUACCAUGACCUUGU